GUUUGUGUAUAGUGAAUAUUAAAGAAGCCAACACAAAGGCAUUAUUCAAAUUAUAUACAUAUGCUGACGUGGAAUUAACUUGACAAGAAUCCAAUCUCUCUUAUUUCUUUAUUUACGUAUUAAAAAAUUUGUACAUAGGAAUUUUAGGUUGUAUUCUUAAUAUUACGAUAUUACUAGAUAUUACUAUAUUAUUUCGUUCAUACGAAAAUACUUAUUACUCUCUUAUUGAUAAAUCUUUUGUUAAUAUGCGUGGUUUUGAUAUACAUGGUUUUUUAUCGCAAAUACAUUUUAUGUUCUAUAUUUAACUGUAUAAUAAGACUGUUUGUCACUAGAAAAUUGUCUCUGUACUUUGACCUUUAAACGUGUUUUAGCUGACGUAUUUACAUAUCUUUUAAUGAUAUAAUUUUCUAUUCUACUUAAAUAAUCAGUUAAGAAUUAAUAUAAGAAAGCAUAGAUAAAUCAAAAUGUUCUUUAGAACGAUCUUCAACAAUGCUAGUUUAUAUUCAAGAAUAUAUAGAAGAUUUUCCAUUAAAGCUAACCCUCAGAUAUCGGAAAACAUUAAUGGGUAUAACUUUGCACUAAAUGACAUGCAAAGAGAAACGCAAGAAAUGUUGCGUAAAUUUGUUAGAGAGGAGAUCAUUCCUGUUGCUCCUAAAUAUGAUAAAACUGGAGAAUAUCCAUGGGACAUUAUUAAAAAGGUUUGGAACUUGGGAUUUAUGACCAAUUAUAUUCCACAACAUUGUGGUGGUAUGGAACAAAAGAUUUUUGAUGGAUGUUUAGCAACGGAGGAAUUUGCUUAUGGUUGCUCAGGGAUAGCAACUGCAAUAGAAACUAGCAGUCUUGGACAAACGCCAGUGAUUGAAACAGGAAAUGAACAACAACAGAAAAAGUAUCUUGGAAGACUCGUAGAAGAACCUCUUAUAGCUGCUUAUUGCGUUACUGAACCUGGUGCUGGAUCCGAUGUAGCAGGUUUAAAAACUAGAGCUGUGAAAAAAGGAAAGGAAUGGAUUCUUAAUGGUACAAAAAUGUGGAUCACAAAUGGUGGUGUUGCAAAUUGGUAUUUUGUAUUGGCCAGAACAGAUUCUGAUCCAAAAGCUCCAGCCAGUAAAGCUUUUACAGGAUUCAUCGUUGAGCGUGAUUUUGAAGGCGUAACUCCAGGCCGUAAAGAAAUAAAUAUGGGACAACGAGCUUCCGAUACUAGGAUGAUUACGUUCGAAGAUGUUCGCGUACCCGAGGAAAAUGUAUUGUUAGGAGAAGGAGCUGGUUUUAAAGUUGCCAUGAAAACCUUCGAUAGAACUCGAACACCGGUAGCAUCUAUGGCUGUUGGAUUAGCACAGAGAGCUAUGGAUGAAGCUACCAAGUAUGCGAUGGAGCGAAAAACCUUCAACAAACCAAUAGCGGAACAUCAAGCUGUAGCAUUUAUGAUCGCUGAUAUGGUUAUUGGAGUUGAAACGGCUCGUCUCGCUUGGAUGAAAGCAGCUUGGGCAUUAGACGUUUGUUAUCCAAAUGCUAGCAUUUAUUCCAGUAUUGCCAAGUGUUAUGCCGCUGAUGUAGCUAACAAAUGCGCUACCGAUGCCGUCCAAAUCUUUGGUGGUGCAGGAUUUAACACAGAAUAUCCUGUGGAAAAAUUAAUGAGAGAUGCGAAGAUCUUCCAAAUUUAUGAAGGUACAUCGCAGAUUCAAAGAUUAAUCAUAUCUAAAAAUCACUUUGUUGAAGCUGCGAAGAAGUCACAAUAAAAAGAUAUAUUUAUAUGUUAUCGAUAAGAUUCGAAAAACAAUAUAUAUAUAUAUAUAUAUAUUCUUUAUAUCUUUCUACAAGCUUUUAUUAUGUAAUGUUAUAUGUUACAUACAACAGGUAUAUAUUUCUUAUUACUAACAUAGUGAGAGAAUAAAACUUUUAUAAACCUUAUUGUAUUAUAUACUUAUGGAAUGAAUUAUUUUUGUAAGAAAAAAUAUUUAUAUGAAAAAUAAAUAUUUUUGAAGGUCAAUCAUUAGACUGGCGAGAUGUUUGAGAAGUUUUAAAUUUGGCGGGUAGAGGUUGUAGAUGGCGCGACUAACGUGGCACGAAAGCGUUAGUCAAGUGCAAUGUUCAAUGAAAACGGAUUACAUCGCAUUACGUCCGUCAAGCCAUAGUUUUUACGCGGUUAUAUUUGGUGAAGUCGUGCGCGACGAGUUAUGCAACGUUCGGUGUAAAAACGCUCGUCGAUAGGGCACUUGGAUAUCGUGACACCUGACCUACUUAGACAAAGCGGCUGUUUCUGUUGGAGAGCCGUAACUCGAAGAGCUUGGAUACGCAAAGGACACGUUCAUCGGCUUACCGAUUCGAAGAUUGGAAAUUCUUAGGCACCAGAAGACAUCGUGGAAAUCUUUCGCAAAUUGCGUCUUUUCAUAUCACGUCCGAAGGCUCAGUGCCGUCGUUAGGGAUCACCGGCGCCCGGAUAAGUUUACACUCGGUCUAAUUAAUUUCUCUUUUCCCCUUUGGCUCCCAACAGAGAUACAGUCUAUCUAAGGAAUUAAUAAUCGUAGAAGGAAGAAAAUUUGUCGAAUUAAUUCUCGUAUCGGUACUUAAUUUUGGAAUAAUCAAAAAGAACGGAUUAUCCUCUCGUACAGAGUCGCACAACCUCGUCGGUUUACGGUUUCUCCGUCUCUUUGUACUCUAUAUGCCGAUGGUUUUCCCUUUCGUUACGCACUACCGUAGCCAUGCGUUACGGAACCGCGUGCAAGUUGGCUAAUUUAUUUCCAAUGUUAAUCUUUUGAGUAAAAUCAAAAGAAAUAUUUUUUCACGGUAUCACAAAACGAAUCAUCUCUGUUAUCUUCGAACGAUAUUAAACACGACGUAGAUCACGUAGGGUCGGUAAUCGAAUAGAAAGGGAAAGUAUAAGUCGCUCGAGAUCGUCUUCGAGUUGUUGGCAGAGGGGGAGAGAGAGAGAGAGAGAGAGAGAGAGAGAGAGA